UAUUUCUUUUGUUUUGCACAAAAGCCCUUUUAUUUCCACUAGCUUUUCAUUAUUCCCACUCGAUUUAGGGUUCUCUAAACUCAAGAUCUUCCUUCCCUCUGUGUCGAUUUCUCCUGCUCUCCGACGAACGAUCUCGCAAUGGACAACGAAGAAGUGCUCGACUUCGACGUAGACGACGACGGCAUCGACAUCGAGCCCAACGACGCGAUCGACAUGCUCGACGACACCACCAACUCCUCCGACGCCGCCACCUACUUCCCCGACGGCGACCUCGAGCCAUACGAAGGCCUCGAGUUCGAAUCCGAGGAAUCCGCCAAAGCCUUCUACAACUCCUACGCCCGCCGCAUCGGCUUCAGCACCCGCGUCAGCUCCUCCCGCCGCUCCCGCCGCGACGGCGCCAUCAUCCAGCGACAAUUCGUCUGCGCCAAAGAAGGCUUCAGGAACAUGAACGAGAAACGCACCAAGGACAGAGAGAUCAAACGUCCCAGAACCAUCACACGUGUCGGUUGCAAAGCCUCCUUAUCCGUUAAGAUGCACGACUCCUCCGGUAAAUGGGCCGUAUCUGGGUUCGUUAAAGAGCACAAUCACGAGCUGGUUCCUCCAGAUCAGGUCCACUGCUUGAGGUCCCACAGGCAGAUCUCGGGCCCCGCCAAGACUUUGAUUGACACGUUGCAGGCCGCUGGGAUGGGGCCCAGGAGGAUAAUGUCCGCUCUGAUUAAAGAGUACGGUGGGAUUAGCAGAGUUGGGUUUACCGAGGUGGAUUGUAGGAAUUACAUGAGGAACAAUAGGCAGAAGAGUAUACAGGGAGAGAUUCAGCUUCUUCUUGAUUACUUGAGGCAGAUGAAUGCUGAUAAUCCCUCCUUCUUUUACUCCGUCGAGGAUGAUCAUCAUCAUCAUCAUGAGUCUGUUGGUAAUGUGUUUUGGGCUGAUCCCAAAGCUAUAACUGAUUUUACUUACUUUGGUGAUACGGUGACGUUUGAUACGACUUACAGGUCUAAUAGGUAUCGUUUGCCUUUUGCUCCUUUCACUGGUGUGAACCAUCAUGGGCAGCCGAUUCUGUUUGGAUGCGCGUUUAUUGUUAAUGAGAAUGAGGCUUCUUUCGUGUGGCUUUUCAAGACUUGGUUAUCAGCGAUGUCGGGACGCUCUCCUGUUUCGAUUACUACUGAUCACGACGCGGUUAUACGUGCUGCUGUGAUGCAGGUUUUUCCUGAGGCUCGUCACAGGUUCUGCAAGUGGCAUAUUUUUAAGAAAUGUCAGGAGAAGUUGUCUCAUGUGUUUCUCAGGCAUCCUUCGUUUGAGUCUGAUUUACACAAGAGUGUGAAUCUGACCGACUCGGUUGAGGAUUUUGAGUCGUGUUGGUUUUCGCUUCUUGAUAAGUAUGAGCUGAGGGAUCAUGACUGGCUACAAGCGUUGUACUCUGAUCGACGCCAGUGGGUUCCU